UUAAAUCAUAGUUAAGUUUUCGUAUCUGACUUGCCUUCUUGGUUUUCUUUUUUUGUUAAUCUGUUGACUCCAAAUUACCGCCUAGUCAUGAAUGAACCACACACUGACAUAAAUAUAAAAGAUUUCAUACUUAAAUCUUUUAAGGAAGCAAAGCCUUUGUCAGUAGAACCAUGUAAAACUUUAUAUGCUGAUGAGAUGGUACCAAGUGAUAAACAUAAUCAUUGCUCUAAACAUCCAUUUGCAAGAUCCCAGGUCUUUAAUGUACCCAUCAAAAAAUCCGAAUUAUUGGUGAUAUCUGGUGCUGAAGGUACAAACAACAAAAAUAUUAUAAAAAUCACCCUGAAGACAAAAGAACUAGGAUUAGAGUGGGAACCAGGAGACACUAUAGGCAUACUGCCAACAAAUUCAGAUAAAGAUGUGGAGUUUUUGCUAAAUCGCCUUGAUGCUCUUGCGAGCGCCGAUUAUGAAAUUUUGUCUAAUGCUGGCCCACUAACAUCGGGAUGUAGUGUACGUCAAAUACUGAGAGAUCGUUUGAGUUUACGAAGUAUACUGAAAAAACAAUUUCUUAGCGCUUUAGGGGACUAUUGUGGAGAUAACGAAGAGAAGAUGUUCCUAAAAUGUCUAUCUUCCAAGGAAGCGACAUCGUUUUACAACGAAUUGAUUAUAAAUAAACGCCUUACGUUAUUGGAUAUACUCAAAAUUUGUCCAUCUUGCAAACCACCAAUUGAAUUUCUUUCCAAACACUUGCCUAGUCUCUUAGCAAGACCCUAUUCCAUUGCUAAUAGUCCACUGGCAAAUUCCAAUGAAAUCUCAAUAGUUUUUUCCCUGCUGAAUGAAAAACCGGGACCCGGUGUUACCACAAGCAUGCUUAGCAAAAAAUCUGAAGAAAAUAAUCCAUCCGUCUCUAUGUAUUUAAGAGAGUCCAAUACAUUCCGUUACACCAUCGACGAUUAUGGAAAAAAUCAAAUAUUUAUCGCAAUUGGAACUGGCUUGGCACCUUUUUUGGGUUUUUUACAACAUAAAGAGGAAAUUAAAAAACAGGCAUUAUCUAAAACCGAAGGGCCUGGACAAAGUUGGUUGUUUGUGGGAGCAACCUCAGAAGAAGCAGUUAUAGGCCGUGAUCAGCUGCUAAAAUGGCAAUCCCUUAAUGUGCUAAAUAAAUUUGUCGAGGCCCAUUCACGUUGCCAGACCAGCGUUUUCAAAUAUGUACAAGAUGCGUUGAUGAAAUAUUCUCAUGAAAUUUUUGAAUUCCUUAUGACAUCGGAUGCCACUUUGUAUCUGUGUGCAGAUGGUGGUGGAGAAAUAACAAAAUGUAUAGAAGGCGCUUUGGCAGAUAUUAUUAAAAAUGGUAUGCAUCUCCAAGAAGUGAACGAGGCUAUGCAGGUUUUGAAAGAAUUCAAAACUAGUGGAAAAUAUAAAUUGGACUUAUGGCUUUAAAAGUCACUGUUAUAAAAUAUGGAACUGUUAUCGCAACGAAGACUAUCCCCUGGAAAGAAUAAUCUAACCCUUCAAGGCAACGCGCAGAAAAUACUUUCUUACAUCCUAAAAAUUUAAUUUAUGUUAGUUUUUUUUUUU